UUUAACAGAAGGCAGAGAAGUUCCAAAAGCUCCCUUCGCCAGUAGCUACUAUUUUUCGACACAACGAACAGUUUGCUCCUUUCUGGACGAGAUCCGCUUUUCUUCUGUGAUAAACCAUCUUGGACAUCCGAACUGUUUCGAAAUGUCAUCUGAACACUGGAACAGAACAACAGCUUAUCAUAGGAUUACUCCGCAGGGUUGGGAUGCUUUGGAUGGGUCUUGGUCAUCCUGUCUGGAUUGCUGAUGUUAUUGACCUUUCCCAUCUCCAUUUUCAUGUGCGUGAAGAUUGUUCAAGAGUAUGAACGCGCAGUCAUAUUCAGACUGGGCCGCAUAACAGACAAGAAAGCCAAAGGACCAGGCAUUUUUUUUGUACUGCCAUGCACUGACUCCUUUGUGAAGGUGGACAUGAGAACCGUGUCAUUUGACAUUCCUCCCCAAGAGAUCCUGACCAAGGACUCCGUUACGGUGAGUGUAGAUGGAGUUGUCUAUUUCCGGGUCAGCUCUCCCAUCUCAUCUGUUGCCAAUGUGUCCGAUGCCGACUGUUCUACACGCUUGCUGGCUCAGACCACCCUGCGGAAUGUUCUUGGCACCAAAAACCUGGCAGAGUUGCUGUCUGACCGAGAAGGGAUCUCACACAGCAUGCAGGCAAGCUUGGAUGAGGCCACAGACUCUUGGGGCAUCAAGGUGGAACGGGUAGAGAUCAAGGAUGUUAAGCUACCCCAGCAGCUACAGAGGGCCAUGGCGGCUGAGGCUGAGGCUGCGCGGGAGGCAAGAGCCAAGGUGAUCGCAGCAGAGGGUGAGAUGAAUGCAUCAAGGGCACUGAAAGAGGCGUCUCUAGUGAUUGCCGAGUCGCCUUCUGCCUUGCAGUUGCGCUAUUUGCAGACCCUCAACACUGUUGCUGCUGAGAAGAACUCCACUAUUGUUUUCCCAUUGCCAAUAGAUAUGAUGAGCCUAUUCCUGAACAGAAAAUAAGCAAGCGCAGCGCAUCUAUAAGCACAUAGCUUGACAAGGGAAUAUGAUCCAUUCAGAUUGAACCAAUCACUAUGGAGGUUAGCCAGAGUCGUCAUCAAAUUUAGAUACUGUUCAGUCAGACAGAGUCCAUAUGGGCUCUUUCAGAUGAGUGGAUGAGGGUGUUUUUGUACAGGCAAAUUAUGUGUCAUUUGGCAGAAUCCAGCUGUUUAUGAAACUGACAUCCUCAUUUUUCUGGAAUAUUAGA